CCGAGCUGGAGCAACCAAGCCCCGAUUUAUGUGUGCUCCGAACCGCUCCGCGCGACGGUGUCCCGUGCGAAUGUUGCAAAAAUGUUGCAGCGAAUAUUUUGUUGUUGUUGAAUAGAGCAGUGUGUCUAGAGUGUAACAUGUGAAUGUGCCGUGAAGUGAGAGCGACCAGGAGUCACCUAGAGAGAGAGAGGAGAGUUGGUGGCUGCAGAGAGAGUGUGUGUGAGAGAGAGGAAAAGACAGAGCAAGAGAGGCAUCUCGUGCAAGAAGGGGAUUUGGAUGGUGCGGUAGCGUUGGCGGUUGCGAGGGGCGGUUGCCUCCCCCCCGCUUCACCGCCCCCGCCACCGCAAUGCUCAAGGUCAACCCACUCUCAAGGUCACCUCCAACGUCAAGGUCACCUAACACUCACACAACACAUACUACUACUACUGCCUCACUGUCAAGGUUAUCUACUGCAAAGUCAAGGCUCUGCCGUUCAAGGUCGCCUUGUUGGGUUUCAAGGUCGAGUGAAGGUCAUUGUCAUGACACACGCUGACCCGUUCACGCUGGAGGCUGUCACGCAGGCCGCCAUCAUCCUAGGAAUGGCUGUUCUUAUCAUCAUCACCAACGUCAUCAUUAUUGCUACCUUUGUCAACGCCAGAGGGCGUGGCGAAGUGAUGAACUGCUACGUGGUAUCGCUGUCGGUGGCUGACCUACUCUGUGGUGUCCUAGUGGUGCCGUUGAGUGUGUACCCGGCCCUGGUGGAGCAAUGGGUGUACGGAGACCUGGUGUGUCGUCUGGUCGGUUAUGUGCAGGUCACUCUGUGGGCAGUCACUGUCUACACCUUCAUGUGGAUCAGUGUCGAUCGAUAUCUAGCGGUUCGGAAGCCACUCAG